CAGCAAUGGAGUCUGUGUGUUCAGUUCUGUCAUUAUCUUACCCAAAGCUUCAGCUUACUUCAAAGGCUGCUCUUCCUUCUUCUUUAUCAAUCAAGGUCGUGGCCUGCUCUGGCCAGCGAAGCUCAGCUACUGUAAAACCCUCUGAAAUUCAAAGUAAAAACCUCAACCCAACUCCACCAGCAGACCCAGUUUCUAGUUCAACGAGUGCAAGCACUGCUGCUUCUUUGCCUCCUAAGAAGGUUCUGGUUCCGAUUGGGUUUGGGACUGAAGAAAUGGAGGCUGUGAUUAUGGUGGCUGUUCUGCGCCGGGCUGGAGCUGAUGUCACCGUUGCCUCGGUGGAGUCUGAGCUCAAGAUUGAAGCUUCGUGUGGGACUAAGUUGGUUGCUGACACCUCCAUUUCAUCUUGUUCUGAUCAGAUUUUUGAUCUUGUGGCUUUACCAGGAGGAAUGCCUGGCUCGGUGAGGUUAAGAGACAGCAAAGUUCUUGAGAAAAUUACAAGACAACAGGCGGAGGAGAGGAGGUUAUAUGGAGCUAUUUGUGCUGCUCCAGCAAUAACACUUCUACCCUGGGGUCUUUUGACUAGAAAGCAGACAACUUGCCAUCCUGCAUUCUUUGACAAGCUACCAACUUUCUGGGCUGUAAAAUCAAACAUUCAAGUUUCUGGAGUACUUACAACAAGCCGUGGCCCUGGAACUUGUUUCGUGUUUGCAUUGUGCCUGGUGGAACAGCUAUUUGGGGAAUCUGUUGCCAAGGAGAUUGGAGAGCUUCUGCUGGUAGGACCUGCUGAUGAUGAAUCUAGAAAGGAGGAGUUCAACAAUGUUGAAUGGUCUUUUAACCACAUCCCUCGAGUUCUCAUUCCAGUUGCAAAUGGUUCUGAAGAGAUUGAAGUAGUGACUAUUGUAGAUAUCCUGAGGCGAGCAAAGGUGGACAUAACUGUUGCUUCAAUUGAAAAAUCUGUGCAGAUUAUGGCAUCUCAAGGCACCAAAAUCGUAGCUGACAAGUUUAUUGGUGUUGCUGCCAAGUCCACAUAUGAUUUAAUCAUUCUUCCAGGAGGAAAUGCUGGAUCAGAGCGGCUAAGCAAAUCUAGAAUUUUGAAGAGACUCCUGAAAGAACAGGAAGUAGCUGGAAGAAUGUAUGGAGCAGUUUGUUCCUCAUCAGCGAUUCUACUUAAACAGGGCUUACUGAAGGGUAAGAAAGUCACUAGCCAUCCUUCCAUUACGGGCAAACCCACAGAUGAGUUGGUGAACAGCACCAAAGUAGUAAUUGACGGUAACCUGAUCACAAGCAGGGGACUUGCCACUGUCGCAGAAUUUGCAUUGGCUAUUGUGAGCAAACUGUAUGGGCAUGCUAGAGCAAGAAGUGUUGCAGAAGGCCUUGUUUAUGAGUACCCGAGGACUUAAUCUUGCGUGAUGAUCUGGUGGAUCAUAUGCAACUUAAUAUGAGCAUUCAACAUGAAGAGUAAAGUCUGUCAAACUCACUUGAGCCAAUGGAAAGAGGUUUGUACCAAGUGAUUGGAAAAUGGCUUUCCGAGACAGUAUGCGAGUUGGCCAUGCAUAUCUGGGGUGCAUUUUCCCUUAAUAGGGAAUUACAUAUCGGUGCUGAUUACCUGAUGAGUGAUGAUACAGCUUCUGUGAGCUGUGAAGAUCCAGAAGCUAACAUCUUUAAUAUCUUCAGAGAGGGUCCGUUAAUUGAUGUGAAAGAGGGAUGCAUUUGAAAUGGCAAGGCCUGUAAACUUUGUACACAGAAUUCUUUUUGUUGGUGUAAGGUUGGAGUAUUUUCCAGCUUGAGUUGCUAUUCAUGCCCGAAAGUUUGUAAAUGUUGAAGAGGAAUUCAAAAUUUCAAAUCCCCCCUGUAAUGAUUUUCUUGCUACCCA